AUGGAGGCCUCUACUUGUGGCUCUGGUUGUAGCCAGCGAAGCACUGAAAGUCAGGAUAAGGGUGCUAAUUGUACUGAAUCAAAGCCCCCUUAUUCCUCGGACCCAGGACAGUCGGGGUCCGAUGGCCCCCUGCAUGUUACAGGACAAACCCCGAAGCAGCCGGUGGAGCUGAAGUCUCUGGACAGAGCAGAGAGCUCCAGUCCUGCUUUGAGAAGGGACUUCUCUGAGCUCCCCGUCACCAGGCUUCGUUCUGCUAGUCCAAAGGAUAGCUCCACCCAAGGAUACCUCAGCACGUUGAACUCUUCCUCUUUGACUUUCCAUCAUGCCACAAAGAGCCUGGAAGGGCAGCAAGCUGCUGGACACGAGCAAGAAGCCGGUGUCAGAAAGUGUGAGGACAAUAAAGAACAGCUAGCAGGUAAGACUCUCGUGGAAGGUUAUAUCUCGGUCAAAGUGGCAAACGUGAAUGGCAGCGAGGACAGCUUAGACGGCUGUCUGGGGUCCCAAAAGAGCUCUUUCAGAGCUCUGCCGGAAGAGUCCUGGGAUCCCGGCUUUGCGGUGACCCCGCCUCGCAGAGCCGACAAAGAGAACACUUUGCAAUGCAGCUCAAAAGCAUCUUUGCACCAGGACUUAGACGCAAAAGAACAAGAUGCGAGACCAAAGCAAGAAAACCACCUGCACGCCGUGGCCAAGGGCAAGGCAGGCUGCCACCUGCACCCGGCCGACAAGGGCCCGCUCGACAAACCCCCGCGGAAGAGCAAGAAGGCGUCGGGGCUGAGGAUCAACGACUACGACAACCAGUGCGACGUGGUCUACAUCAGUCAGCCCAUCACCGAGUGCCAUUUCGAGAGCCAGCGGUCAGUGUCGUCCCGCAAGACGGCGAGGAAGAGCACGCGGGGGUACUACUUCAACGGGGAGUGCUGCGAGCUCCCGACUGUCCGCACGCUGGUUAAGAGCUCCCGGGCGGAGGAGAGGGGGAGCAGCCCGGCACUGCGAACAGAGACCCUCGUAAGCGCUAAGCCGCCCCUGGUGCUCUCGCCCUCCACUGCUGUGGACACAGCACCCCUGGCCCAUGAUGAUGCCAGGGAUCCUGCCCAGCUUCCAGGUGCAGGAGACGCGGAGCCCUGUGAGCUGCGUCUGGCAGAGCCCUACCCACGCUCUCCAGGCUGGCAGGCUCCCGAUGAGCCCCCUGCCACCGUGGAUGGGGCGAGCACCCCAGAGCCCCCUGCCACCUUGCAGUGUGUGGAUGUGAACAAAGGCGUCGAUGCUGAACCAGAAGCCGAAUCAUCGUGCACGGUGGGUGACGGCUCCCUUGAGCAAGAGGAGGCUGUGCCGGCCAGCACAGCCCUCCCUGAAGUCUCGGAAGGGGAGGCAGUGCUGAAUAACAGCCCGGCAGGUGAAAAAGAGCCCACUGAAGGGGAAAUGCCGCCUGAACCUGACGGCUCAGACGCUGCAGGGAAAGACUCUGUCUCUUCCAAAGACAGUCUAGACAAGAAGCGAAAGAAAGGCAGGAGAGUGCUUGUGGCAUCGGACCGGUGUCUCCGAAGCCAGCAAUCCCAGUCACCCGCUGAGGGCAGUGCUGAGGAUGCUGGUUCUUCCAGCUCUGUGCAGCUUCCUUGCCUUCAGAUCAAACUCUCCAAGAGCCCUGGCGCUAAGCGAUUCAAAAGAGAAGUGCACCUGGAUGGGGCAGCAUCCAUGCACUUCCCAAAUGACUGCUUCCCCAACACGCUGCUCAAAACCACCGAGGGGCCAGGCACCGGCCAGGCUCCAGAGAGCAUCGCUGAGCAGCGGCCGGGCGAGGAGAAUGGUGUCACUACCAGACAAACCUAUAAAAGCAUCUUAGCGAAAGAGACUGAGGCAGAGGGAGAAAAUUCCUCUAAAGACGACCCCCCGGCUAACGGCUGCCAAAGUCAACCAGGUGAGACGCUGGAAAUCAGCGUCCAGGCUGAUUCUGAGAAGCAAAGCAUUCUCCUCCCUCCGGAGAGCAGCAUGCCUGCAAAUGAUGCCGAGCAAGUGGAUGUGAAACCAGGCCAUGCCAGCGCAAAGGAUGAGGAGAGCUCCGACAGUGCCAUGGACACGGGCAAGCUGGAGAGCUACGAGCCGAUGGCCAAUUCACCUCCGUGUCCCAGCAGCAGAGGUGGAAGCAAGCAUCUUCCAGCAAAGGCUGCAAAGCAUAAAAAGGUCGCCCUGCAGUUUUAUAACUUAAGACAUGCACCCGCACCCGUAGACACCGCAAAAAGGAGCACACCAGGGAAGGAGUCUAUGCAAGCGAUCCUCAAACUGAGGGACGAAUGCAGUUCAGGGAAUGACGACUCCCUGGCGUUGGAGGACAUAGACAUGGCUGACAGCAAACCAAAGUUCAUGGAGUGGUGUGCUGAAGAGGAGAACCAGGAACUCAUUGCCGAGUUCAACGCCCAGUACAUGAAAGUUCAGAAGGGCUGGAUUCAGCUGGAGAAGGAGGUGCAGCCAACCCCCAAGGUAAAGAACAAAGCCGACAAACUGAAAGAGAUUUGGAAAAGCAAGAAAAGGACACGGAAAAGUAGAGGCUCGCUGGAAGUGCAGAAGCUUUCUCCUGUCCAGAUGCUGUUUAUGAAGGCCUUUAAGCUGUCCGACAUCUGCCAGUGGUUUUUGGAGACGACUGAAACCAGGUCUCUAGUGAUCGUGAAGAAACUCAACACCCGUCUCCCAGGGGAGAUCCCCCCCAUCAAAGUCCCCAUGCAGAAAUAUUCCUCUUCCAGUCUCUACCCCAGCUCCCUGCAAGCCGAACGUUUGAAAAAACACCUCAAGAAGUUCGCCGCCACUACCCCAGCUCGGAAUAACCUGAAGAACCAAAAGCUUUGGGCCAAAAUUCGGGAGAACGCUGAUAAAGCAGAGGCUGAAGAAGCCACCGCUCCCAGCCAGACGUCUCCCACCAACGCCGGCGCCGAGGACCUGAGUGAAGACAAAACCACCCAGCCUGCCCCCAGCUUGCCCACGCAGGCCAGCACCAGGAUCCUGCGCAAGUACUCCAACCUGCGGGGCAAGCUGCGAGCCCAGCACCGCGUGGUGAAGGCAGAGAAGAAGAGUGACAGCCUGGGGGACCACCCAUCCCUGGAGAGCAAGCAGAGCCGGAAAAGCGUGUGCAUCAAUCCACUGAUGUCUCCAAAGUUGGCCUUGCAGAUCAAAGCAGACGCCUUUCCUGCUAAAUCUCCAUCAGUGGACGGGGCGGGGAAGGGGCGGAAGGGGAAGAGCAGGAAGAAGAGGACGCUGAAGGAGAGCGGGAGCACCCAGGAGCGGUCCGGCUCCGCCACCAAGGACAAGCUGCCUGCCAAGAAGGCCAGUAAAAUAAAGCAUUCGGAGCUGGAGAAGGUGCGGCUCCCCAUGCGGAAAGGCAAGGAGAACACGAGCAGGCGGGCCGUGCUGCCCCCUGGCCACGAGGAGCUGGCCAAGUCCCCAAAGCAGAAGCCCCUGGGGGAGUCCUCCACACGGUCGCAGAAGAUGGCCAACAAGAAGCCCAGCGGUGGGAAGACCCUGACGAGGUCCAUGAAGAAGAUGCAGGAGAGCAGCGGGUCGCAGGGCAAGAGGAAGCUGAGGGCAAAAAUGGACUGUUCGCACAGCAAGCGCUCGCGACUGGAUCCGAAAUAG